ACACUUUGUGUUACUAAAAUAUUAUAUUACGACGGGAACCAGAAUAGGUAUUGGUGUUUCUUGCUGGCGCCCGCCUCGACUCAUCGACUGAGUUGACCGUCUGCAAACUCAAGCAUGUUCAUGACACAGACGUUUUAAUUAACAAUACAAAACCUAAUUGAUAAUAAAAGAAACAAUUAACCAUGUUGGAUCCGCCACAACAGUCUAUACAGGACAACAGUAGUGUUGCAAACAAGUUAAAAGUUUUGAUGGUGAGGGCAUGGCGUGAAAGGUGGUCAGAAAUCCAGUGGGGAAUUUACUUCAGAAGACUUCUAAUCAGUGCAGGGCCAGGCACUGAUACUAAAGAACUUGCUGAGGUAUUACUGAACGAGGCCUUAGUGGGCGCCCAUCCAAACAAUCUUGUUCUUUCCUACCUACAACAUGCCACCCUUGCCAAGUUGUUACCGGUAUCUGCCAGUUUUCAGUUCAUAUCGGGGUACGAGGGAUACAACAAACCCCACUGCGUGCUUGCCCUUGUGGAUUUUGUCAAACAUAUGACAACAUAUAUGGGUUUCAGCUAUGGCAGUGACGGAGGUCCAGCCCUGUGUCAGUGUCUGCAGUCCCUGGUGCACUGGCUACUCAAGGUGAUGCUGCGCGCAGUCCAGAUGAUCCAGGAGCCUGCGCAGCUCGAGUACCAGACCCUCCUCCAGUCGGCCACUGCUGCUCUGCAGGCGAUAUCUCAGUCUGACACCAUCUCUGCACUCCUGUAUAUAGCCAAGACUGAGACAUCCGAUGUAUUCAGUGACAUGGAGCAGACUGAGCUGAACAUGCGGGGCACCCUGUCUCAGAUCCCUCAGGACGCCAUACCUCAAACACUGCGAGGCGACAUCUCCAAUCUGGAAGUCCUCAAAAUCAUCAAGUGUUACGUGCAAGCGACAGAUGCCGUUCUGGACACAUCCCACAUUCCAAUCUGCCCCACCAUUGUUGCCAUGGUCGCCGUGGAGGCGGUCCUGAAUCCCAACAAUGACAUCCAGCCAUUCGUAGACCAGCUAUUUAUCAUUGAGAAGCUCAUGAAACUGAAGCGUUCCUACCUGUUCUCAGAGGUGCUAAGGGGCUGCUACAUGGGCCUGGUAGAUCUGAAACAGGCCGACAGCCAGGAGGACUAUAGAUGGUGCGCUUUCACAUACCUCAAGGUGCCUCAGAUUCUUCAGAAGGUUCAACAACAGAGUCCCAGCCGUGACUUUGCGGCCGAUCUGGAGGCAGGCUUUGACAGGCUGCUCUACAGCGGCUAUAUGCUAGACCUGGCUGACUCCAGGCACAACUGUGACCUCCUAGGGCUGCUUCUGGGGGAAUGUACGAAGGCCAGUCUGCUGUCAGAGGCCCAACUGAAGAGGAUUUACAAUAGAAGGAACAAUGAGUCUCUGCGUUCACGGUCGGGGGACCAGCAGAUAUCACAGUCCAAUGCAGGACGUAUAAUAAAAGCAGAACCCACUGUCAACAGCAUCCUUAAGACGCUUGAGGCAGAUUACAGCAAGAAUCAGGAGAGUUUACUGGGUGUAUUGCAACACAUGCUGUCUGGGAAAAGCUUUGAACUCAUUCUAAAUGCUGCGGCAGCUAUUGGGAAACUGCAGAUCUUCUUGGUGAAGCUUAUAAGAUUCAAUGAGUUUGCCAAGCAGAGUUCUGGUGAGAGUGGCAAGGCAUCCCAGACUCGAGCUCUACUGUUUGACACCAGCUUCCUAAUGCUGGCACACAUCACACAGAUCUACGGCUCAGAGCUCAUCACAGGCUGUUCCGAGUGCCAGGACACAUUCUUCACCCAGUGGGUGACCCGCUGUCUGCCGGAGGAUGGGAAAUACAAGUCCGUGGACAUCGGCAUGCCCGUGGAGCCUUCCAAGGUGGACUUCCUGCUGAGCGCCCUCACGUCAGGGUCUGAUAUAGCUCAGGGGCCGCCAAAGUGGCACGAGAUCUGCACAAACACUCCAUACGCUAUACAGGAAGUGUUGUUUGCCUGGGAACACGGUUCAAUAUCUUCAGAUAACAUCAAGAUGAUAUUGAACUACAUCAAGACUCGCAUGUUGAGUCUGCCGGUAUGCAUCGUGGCCUGGCUGUGCAGCUACAUCAACAUGCUCAGUGAGGAGGCCCGCACCAAGCCCCUGUCCAUACUCCAGCAGCUGAUCCAGCCCCUACAGGGGGACUCCCUACCGCAGUACUACUCUGAGAGAUCCUAUCUAAUGCAGCCAAUUGUUCAGAAAAUGAUCCACGAUAUACUGCCCCCUGCCAGUAGGCGUCCCAUCCCACAGUAUGUGCCUGCAAACAGCUUGCCAGCCGAUGUCAUGGCUAAGACCCUGAAGGCUGUGUUCAGCAAGGGCUGGCUUGAGACGGAGAGACUUCACGCGCUGAAGGCCCUGUACAGUCUUUGUGGUGCUGACUGGUUUGUUGAUCGACUUGUACGGCAAAUGCUGGAGAGCAAUCGCAUCGACGACAUCACGAAGAGCCUGAGUCUAGCCUACGCAAUCAUGCACAUGGACAUGGAACACCUGGCCCUGUCCCUCCUCCUUCACACCAUACCCAGCCUGCUUCUGUCAGCCGCGUCCUACACGACCCUUACUGACUCUCGAGGUUACACGCUGGCAAAGUUCUGCGUCCUUACUAUCACUGCCGCACAGGCUGCCAGGUCCACACAGAAGGAUGUGCGUAGAGGUCGUAAGCGAUCCCGGAAUGAGUUUGACCUUGAUGACGUGGAUGACCUUGACGGGGUGCACAUGCAGGCAAAGAGGAUGAAGAUGGAGCCGCAGAUUACCCUGGACUCCGAGGGAUUCAACUUCGAUUUCCUCAAUGUCAAGGAUGAGAGUGAUACAGCUCCAGUUAUAGAUUCCAAGGACCCUCUCAAUAAGGCUUUACUGAACCUGUUUCGACUUAUGAAUGCUGUUGUUCAUGACGGGGAGGUGAGCCAGAAGACGAGCUUCAUUGUCAGUCUGGUGGAUGAGGCUGUUAACUGUGGCCAGCACGCACGCUACAUUCUGCAGUUCAUGCCUCCAAACAUGUUGAGCCAAAUGAUGAGGUGUAUGCCGGCCGCGUUUGACAACUCCAGGGUGCUGCAGAUUUGUGACAUCUCAAACUCGACAGGCAGAAAGAUAGCUGUGAAGGCAGUAUGUCAGAAUGCUCGAAGAAAGUCUUACUGACGGAACGUGUGAGAGAGUUGAAGAGAGUUUAACAAUUUGUUUUGCGAACAAAAAAGUAGUCCUGCUUACUUUAUCACAAGAUUUGGGACUUGCCCUGUGUGCAAAAAAGUAGUCCUGCUUACAUUACAGAAGUACAGUGCUUUGAACUGUGCAGGAAAUUGUACUUUGUGUAAACAGUAAUUCUCCUUACAAACGCACAGUGCUUUGAACUGUGUAUAAAAUUGUAAAGUGACAAUUAAGUUGUCCUACUUACAGAAUAACAGUGCUUUGAACUUUGUAUAAAACUGUAAAGUGACAAUUAAGUUGUCCGACUUACAGAAUAACAGUGCUUUGAACUGUGUAGGAAAUGGUAAAGUGACAAUUAAGUUGUCCGACUUACAGAAUUGCAGUGCUUUGAACUGUGUAGGAAAUUGUACUUCGUGCAAACAGUAAUUCUUCCUACAAAAGCACAGGGCUUUCAAUUGUGUGGAAAAUGUGAAGUGACAAUUAAGUUUUCCAUCCUACGGUUAUGUAUCAUAUUUUGUAGAGAAUUGCAUUGUGACAAUAAAGUUGUCUUACUAACUGAAGCACAGUUUUUGAGCUGUGUAGAUAAUGUGUUAUUGUCAUAAAGUAGUCUUGUGUAUAGAAGCACAUUGUUUCAAAUUGUGUUGGAAAUUGUACAGUGAAAAGAAAGUUUUCCUACAUAAAACAGCACAGUGUCUUGAUAUGUACAGGUAAAUUAAAUGUGGCAAUAAAAUUGUCUUGCCUAUGGAAAAACAGUGUUUCAAAUUAAGAAGUAAAUUGUACAGUGAAAAUAAAGUAGUCUUACUUACAAAAGCGUGUUUUCUGCACUGUAUAGGACAUUGUACUGUGUGCUUAAAAGUUUAUAUGCUUAUCAGUUAGGAAAGCACACAAUUUCAUGCACCAUGCAUUUUUUUAGUUCUACUGCCAAAGGCAGAAGAGCUUAUGGGAUGGCCUGGUUUCUGUCUGUCUGUCUGUCUGUGUGUGAGUUAGACUUUUCUUGUUUAUCGGAUAAAGUCCACAAUUUUCAUCCGAUUCUUUUCAAAGUUGCUCAGUGUCUUUAUUUUAAUGAGGACUCGAACCCUAUUGAUUUUCAGGUCACUGGGUCAAAGGUCAAGGUCACAGUGACUCGAAAUAGUAAAAUGGUUUCCGGAUGAUAACUCAAGAAUGCUUAGGCCUAGGAUCAUGAAACUUCAUAGGUGCAUUGAUCAUGACUGGCUGAUGGCCCCUUUUUAUUUAUAGGUCACUAGGUCAAAGGUCAAGGUCACAGUGACUCGAAAUAGUAAAAUGGUUACUUUUUCUUGUUUAUCUGAUUAAGUCCACAGUUUUCAUCCGAUUCUUUUCAAACUUGUUCAGUGUAUUUAUAUUAAAGAGGACUCAAACCCUAUUGAUUUUCAGGUCACUGGGUCAAAGGUCAAGGUCGCAGUGACUCGAAAUAGUAAAAUGGUUUCCAGAUAUUAACUCAAGAAUGCUUAGGCCUAGGAUCAUGAAACUUCAUAGGUACAUUGAUCAUGACUGGCUGAUGACCCCUAUUGAUUUUCAGGUCACUAGGUAAAAGGUCAAGGUCACAGUGACUCUGUUUAUAGCAAUAGAGCGAUUCAGGCCCUCAUGUUUAAUGUUAACAACAAAAUUGUCCAAACAAUGUACAACAAAAGUGUAAGUUAUUAAAGUAAUGUUGACUAUAUAGUCCAGCAUAAAUGAUUCAUUUAACUGUGAACAAGAAUAUAUCGCUCUGAAUUAAACUAUAAUGGUCCACUGGAAAAAGCACUGUGUACUGUUUCUCGAAAUAAUAGGGAAAAAAGCUUUCACAGUCAGUCUGUAUGUGAAAGUCCUAAAGUCUCGUACUGGUGUUUAUGAUUGAUUAAAGGCCAAUGAUUAUACUGCUAAA